AUGCACGCAGUCGUUCAGCGGCAGCUGCGUGAGGAUUGGGAUAAUAGAGAGUACGAACAGAUCAUCGCAGACAACGUCAAAAACAUCGCCAACUUCUUGUCUAGCUUUGAGCUUUCCUGUCGAAGUAAGCUUGCUUCACUAAGUGACAAGCUCAAUCUUCUCGAAAAGAAAGUUGAAUUCCUAGAAGCGAGGGUUCGUAGGUUUUUGACUCUAAACUGUCAUUUUUGCCGGCGGUCAUUAGUUUGUACAUGA